AACCCGGAAAAAGUAGAUUGACCUCUGCCUUGCCCAGCAACGUGUGGACGUUUCAUGACUCCGAACCCCUAGCCCAGAACAUGUCGACAAGGAGGAGGAAGCUGCAAGACAAGAAGACCAUCACCUGCCCUACUGAUCCCAAAGUCCCCAAAACAGAUGUUGAGGAACCUACCUCGAUUGCAGGACCCUCUGCAGAUGAAGGUUCAGGAGAAAAACACAACCCCUGUCAGAAUUCCAUACUUUCUAAAUUAAAAUCAAAAUUAAGUCAAGCUGACACAGCACAAACUGAUGCCGAUAUAAUAUCUAAAGACACCAGCAGUCCCUACUUUUCCAAUGUCAGAAGUCCUGAGGAACUGGAUGAGGCAUCAGUUGAGGAUCCGGGAGAGGCUACUCAGCCAAAACGACUUUCUAGAGCAUUUUAUGAACAGCCAUGUGAGGAUCUAGCUAAAGCUCUGCUAGGGCAGGUGCUUGUGAGAAUUCACAAUGGAGAGAGGUUAACAGGGAGGAUUGUUGAGACCGAGUCUUAUCUUGGCCGAAGAGAUAAAGCAGCUCAUUCAUACAAGGGGAAGACGGACCGAAACACGGCCAUGUUCAUGUCUCCUGGCACAGCCUACGUCUACAACAUCUAUGGAAUGUAUUGUUGCAUGAAUGUGUCGAGUCAAGGAGAGGGUGAGGCAGUCCUACUCCGAUCCCUGGAGCCCCUUGAAGGGAAGACGGUGAUGAGCACCUUCAGAGUGGCCAACCGCAAGAAGGGCAGUCCCUGCAAACCUAUGAAAGACCGUGAACUCUGCAAUGGGCCUUCCAAGCUGACCCAGGCAUUGAGGAUCGACAAGGCUUCGACCAAUCAGGUAGCUCUGCCUUCCCAUGAUGCCGUCUGGCUGGAGGAAGGGGAGAAGGUGCCAGCCACCAAGAUGGUGGUGAGCAAGAGGAUCAACAUCAACUAUGCCGAGGAGUGGAAGGAUAAACCGCUGAGGUUCUAUGAACUGGGAAAUCAGUGUGUUAGUGUUCGGGACAAGGAAGUGGAGAAACUGAUGAAGGAAAGUUAGUGGAGUUAAGUGAACCAAUUUGAUGAAAUUUAGGGGCAGUGGAGUGGCCUAGUAGAUAAAGUGUUCACUCGUCACACUGAAGACCCGGGUUCAAUUCCCCACAUGGGUACAAUGUGUGAAGCAUAUGUCUGGUGUCCACCGCUGUGAUACCACUAAAAGUGGCGUAAAACAAUCAACAGAAUAUGCAUUCAUUUAAUUUCCUGCUGUAGAGUUUUGAUCUAUCACACUACGUAACUACUUUGAUUUGAAAAUGUCAUGUCUCAAUGACUGAUGGAAAGUAGAAGACUUUUCAACCCCAGUAUUGGUAGGAUGUAGGUGUUCACAAGUAUCCAAUAUGAAAUGUAUCAGCUACAAAUGUGUGUUAUCUUGUAUACACAACUAGAUAUGAGACAGAUUUUGAUACUUCAUUCAGGGAGUGUUUGUUUGUUUGUUGUUUAACACCACACUCAGCAAUAUUCCAGCUAUAUGACGGGGGUCUGUACAUAAUCGAGUCUGGACCAGAUAAUCGAGUGAUUGAUAUCACGAGCAUCAAUCCA